CUCACAAUUAUCAAGUGCCUGCUCUAUAUCACAGGCACACCACUAGAAAAAUGACAUGCAUCAUCUCAUUUAAUUCACUCAUCGAUCUCAUUAUGUCGGGAAUAUUUAGCACUCUCAUUUGAGAAGGUGGUAUCUGCAGUUAAGAGAGAUUAAGUAAUUUUCUCAUGGUCACAUAAGAUAGUAAGUUGGUAAAGCCAAAAUUCUAUUCUGGGCAGUAUGAUUCAAACCCUCAUUUUUGAAAUCACAGCUUUAUACUGUAGCUUUGGAGAAUUAUGUAUCUAAAAUAGUUAUCAUAAAAAGAACAGAUUAAUAAUAAUAAUGAAGAAGCCAAGCCCAAGCCCAUUGCCGUCGAUAAUAAAAAAAAAAAAAAAGAUAAUAGCUAUUACUAAUUAGAAGCCCUGGUACCACAGUGGCUAAACACUCUAGUGUGAACCAGAAGGUAAGCGGUUUGAAUCUACCAGCAACUCCACAGGAAAAAGAUGUGGCAGUCUUCUUCCUUAAGGAUACCAGACCUGGAAACAUGGUAGGGCAGUUCUACUUUGUCUUAUAGAGUUGUUUUUGUUAGAAUCAACUCAACGGCAAUGGGUUUGGAUUUUUUGGGGGGGGCGGGGGUUAUUUUUGAAACAGAUCCUCCUGUUCACAAAGGCAUUUCUAAACCUUGCAAAGAAGGUAAUAGCAAUAACCAGAUUUUUUAAAAAACAAAAAAAAUAAGGCACAAAAAGUUAACUGUUACAUCAUUAGGAUGUGACAGGUCACAUUUAAGACAUGGAUUUUCAGCUCAGAUGACCUUUAAUCACUAACAUAGAGUUACCAGAAUGGAGGAGGCAUGGAGAUUAUCAGGGAAAAGAUCAUACUUGGGAGUUCACAUUACAUGUUUCCAAUUAGCUUGAAAAUUGGUUUAUGAGUAUAGAUUCAAAUAGGAUAAUUAGAACCAGUGAAUAGAAGCUAAAAAGAGAAAUUUCUGCUGAAUUAAAGUGUCUGAAUAAUUAUAUAUGUUUAAAAUGAAAAGGGCUACCUGUAACUGAGAGUCACAGUCAAUGGAAGGACUUAAUAACAAAAUGCAGGUGGUACUGUAAAGGUGAUGACUAGCUGAGAUGCCAUUUGGCAGUUCAUUGAAUGUUGCUCUUACCUUCUCCAGCCUACACACUAAAUACAUGGAAGCAGAAAACCAAACAAAAUUUUCAGAAUUCCUCCUGCUGGGCCUCUCAGAGGAUCCUGAACUUCAGCCCCUCUUCUUUGCACUCUUCCUGUCUAUGUACCUGGUCGCUGUGCUUGGGAACCUACUCAUCAUACCGGCGGUUACCUCUGACCCUCACCUCCACACCCCCAUGUACUUCUUCCUCUCCAACCUGUCCUUUGUUGACAUCUGUUUCGUUACUACCACGGUCCCAAAGAUGCUUGUGAACAUCCAGACACAGAACAAACACAUUUCGUACAUAGGAUGCCUCAUUCAGGAGUAUUUCUUCAUGAUUUUUGCUGGACUGGACAAUUUCCUCCUGACCAUGAUGGCCUAUGACCGAUUUGUGGCCAUCUGUCACCCCCUGCACUAUACAGUCAUCAUGAGCCCCCGGUUCUGUGUCUUGUUGGUUCUGGUGUCUUGGGUCAUCUUUUUCUGGGUCUCCCUGCUUCAUAUUGUCUUGAUCACACGGCUGAACUUCUGUACAGACACUGAAAUACCACAUUUUUUCUGUGAACUGACUCAGAUUAUCAAAGUGGCCUGUUCUGAUACCCACAUCAAUUAUGUCUUCUUGUAUGUGUUGACUGCCCUGCUGGGUGUGUUUCCCCUCUCAGGGAUCGUCUUCUCUUACUCUCAGAUUGUCUCCUCCUUAAUGAAGAUGUCCUCUGCUGGGGCCAAGUAUAAGGCAUUUUCCACCUGUGGGUCUCACCUAUCCGUGGUUUCUUUGUUCUAUGGGACAGGACUUGGGGUUUUCCUCAGUUCUGCUGUGACCCAUUCUUCCCAGAGAAGCUCUGUUGCCUCAGUGAUGUACACUGUGGUCACGCCCAUGCUGAACCCCUUCAUAUACAGCCUAAGGAAUAAGGAUGUGAAGGGAGCCCUGGGAAGGCUUCUCUGUAGAGCAGCUUUUUGUCCAUGA